AGUAAGAGAGAGAGUGAGAGACAGAGAGAGAGAGUGAUGUUGUUGCUAGGGAACAGUGAAAAUGAGCGGUCGUCCAUCUUUGCCAACCUGUAUCGGAGCAGAAACUGGGACAUAGGCAGGAUGGUCUUCUUUUAGACAGGGGGAAUAGAGUCCAGAUUAAAAAGCAAGGGCUUUUUCAUCAUGUAUUGAAAGAGAAAAGCACACUGCAGAGGGAGGUGGCUGAGCCCCCAAGGUGAGAUUACGUAAUCCCAGCGCUGCUUGCUGCUUGGUGGUCGUCGCUGGAGAGGGAUUAUGAUCGUAUCCUGCCUGGAACAGCAGCUAUUCUGAAUAUAAGAGUGAGAAUUUCCCUAAGCCCUUGUGGAGAUGAGCCAAAUCCAGCAGUGGAACAUCCACCCAGGCAGUAGCAAGCACUGGAGGCAAAGGCAGCCUAGGUUUACCUCUUCCAGCCCAAGGGAAAGGAGCCACUACUUGUGAGAGCCAGCCACCAGCUGUCUUUUCCUGGCCAGAGAAUUAGAGAGAGAGGAGGAAAAAGGAAGAGAGACAUAGUACUGGUGACUUCCUCUUCCUACAGUGGAACAUUAUGGAUUUAAGAGGGUGCCGGCUGACAAAGGAGCAAGCCCAAACCUGAGCGAGUGAGCGGGAAGAAAACAGCAGGAUAAUAUACCUCACGUAGAGACACUACUCAUUCUGCGUGUGGCCUGGCUGAGCCUCCGGACAGGGGAAUGGGCACAACAGAGGCCACUCUCCGCAUGGAAAACCUGGAGGUGAAGGAUGAGUGGCAGGAUGAAGACUUCCCUCGGCCUCUGCCAGAGGAUGGAGACUUAGACGGCCUUACUGACAACAGAACUUCUCCUCCUGGCUCCCUGCAUGGAGGCCACGGAGGCUCAGCAGCACAAAGGAAGCGCCGGACGCUGGUUGCCCCAGACAUCAACCUAUCUCUGGACCAGAGUGAAGGGUCCAUCCUCUCAGAUGACUUCCUGGACACACCCGACGACCUGGACAUCAACGUAGAUGACAUUGAUACGCCAGACGAAACUGAUUCGCUGGAGUUUAUCACCAAUGGCAACGAGCUGGAGUGGGAAGAUGACACCCCAGUGGCGUGUGCCAAAGGAGGCCCAAGUGAGGGACAAGGGGGUGAGGAGGGAGAGGGGUCAGGACGUCUGUGGAGGACUGUGAUCAUCGGCGAUAAGGAGCACCGGAUAGACAUGCAGGUCAUCAGGCCCUAUCUGCGAGUGGUCACUCAUGGAGGUUAUUAUGGAGAAGGCCUGAACGCUAUCAUCGUGUUUGCGGCCUGCUACCUCCCUGACAGCGGCUGCACAGACUACCAUUACAUCAUGGAGAAUCUCUUCUUGUAUGUCAUUAGCAGUUUGGAGUUGCUGGUUGCUGAAGACUACAUGAUCAUCUACCUGAAUGGAGCCACCCCCCGCAGGAGAAUGCCCGGCAUCAGCUGGCUCAAGAGAUGCUACCAGAUGAUCGACAGAAGGUUAAGGAAGAAUCUCAAAUGCCUGAUCAUUGCGCACCCGUCCUGGUUCAUUCGGACUGUUCUGGCCAUUUCCCGGCCUUUCAUCAGUGUGAAGUUCCUGGAUAAGAUCCGUUAUGUGCAGAGUCUGGAGGAGCUGGCUGAGAUUGUCCCCAUGGAGCAUGUGCAGAUUCCAGAGUGUGUGCUGCAGUACGAUGAGGCGCGCCUCAAGACCCAGACAGAAAGGCUUGAACAACACCAGAAACAAACAGACAAAUCAGUCCCAGAAAGGCCUGUGUCAGUGGCUGCAGAGGCUUGUCCAUAAGUGCUGUUGACUGCUUAAAUGAAGGAUCAUCUAUGAAAGCAAAGAUGCCAAGAACUACUAACUCCUCAUCUUCGUUAUGUUCCAACAAUCCAGCAAUUCAUCUUCAUCUUUUUGUCUGAAGAGGAGUUUGUUAAAUCAGCUCCAGAUUUGUCACUUGUUUUUGACCUGAACAGUGGGGCACAGCUGUUCAAAUGGAAAAUGGAAAAAAGAGAUUGUGUCUGAAAACAAAGCAGACUCUAUUGUGUAAUAGUUAUUUUCUUUCUCUUGAACUGCAACACCUGUGGAAACUCAAGCAGCCUGUAAAGAAAAAGUGACUCUUUGGAACAAUUCUUCAAGUUCUUGUUGUACAGAACUCAUGUGACGCCUACUAUAGAUGCACAACCAGCCCUCCAGUGGACCAUCCAGUCUCUAGCCAACCUCUACCAGAGCGCAUGGAGGAUCUUGAACUGUUAUAUAACAAUGUGACACAUUUUGGUUCUGUUUCAAUAGAAGGAACUAAUCGUUGCUGUCGGGAACAAAACCUCAUAUUUAAAAAACGGUAACUUUAAAGGAGAAGAAGAACAUUCCACUGAAGUCACAGAGUUUGAUGUUAAAUGUGACAUUGUAGAGAAACUUCUAAGCCACUUAUUCUUCCGGUGUUGGGGAAUGUUUCAGGCAUCAGGCAUCCCUAAAUAUUUAUAUAAUUAAAGAUUUAAUUAAAUAGAAAUUUUGAAGAAAAAAAAACCUUUUAACUUUUAAUUCUAAGUCAUUUUGGAUCAUAUCUGUUGGCACACGUUUUCAAAUUAUGUUAAAGGAAAAAGGGGGGGUUAUGAGGUUUUAAUGCACUCUUAAAGAAGAGGGUUCUUCAAGCAUUCUUCAGUAAAGACAAUGGUUCUAUAUAGAAUCUUGAACAAGCUUGAUGCACGCUUGGCAUCAUAACAAUAGCAGAACCCUUGGUGCUAUAUAAAACCCCUUUCAAAAAGGUUCCAUAUAGCACCAAAAAACCUUCUAUUGUUGUGUUUCAAGCAUGUAUUAAUAUCAGAACCCUUGAAGAAUAUCUACACAGAACCAUAGUCUUAACUUAAGCCGUCUUUUUAAAGAGUAUAUGAUGGUGACGUAAAGCAAAGUCAUCCGUAUUUCUCUAUAAGGAAGAAAGGAGGAGAACUUGUUUGUUCCUUUAAUUCUGUGCAUACUAACAGUUAUGAAAUCCGGGGCUCGCUGGGAGAGCAGCUCUUGGUAGAUAGCCAUGUUUAGUGUUGUGCUGUGAGUUCACAUUAGCUAAAUACAAUAAUGUCUAGUUACUGAUGUAUAUGCCACCUGUGGGUUAUUAUUUUGUGUGCAAUAGCCUACAUCCCCAACACCACUUAUAUGAGCAGAACUGACUUAGCUACUGUACUGUAUACUAGUACUGAGCACCAGGGUCCUUAGUGGAACUCUCACGUAUCCAAAUGGACUGUGUGGACUGUACGAAAUGCUGUACAAUGUAUCCUAUUCCCUGUUAGCUGGUUCACUUGGGGGAAACUCUUCUUUUUGACUGUACAAGGCAAGCUGGUUAAACAUCUUGGCAACUGUGCUAAAUGGACUACUUAUGAACUUGUAUUACUUUGCUACUUAUGAACCUUUCAUAAGGCCACAUGAUGCUAACGUAAGCAUUUUUUAACAACUAACAACCUACGUAAGCAUUUGUAAAAGCUUACCUCAACAAGCAUCAGUGGUCAUAAAGAUUACUUUUGCCAUGCAUAAGCCUUUAUAAAUGCAUUUGUAGCUCUAUGUAGGUGGCAUGGAGUCGUAUGAAUGCCAUCCUUCAGUAAAGUGUUACCAAAAUCUCUUAAGAAGCUUUAGAAUUUUUUAUGUACACCCUUGAUGAAUAAAUGUGCCAAAAGGGUUAUGUAAAGCGAUGCCAUUUCUAGUUUCUAUGACCACUUCUAGUUCUGUUCCAGUGGCUGGUUCUUUAGAGGACCAUUUUCGUAAAUGACUUAUGUGAUUGAGAAGAAAGAACCUCCAUGUAAUUUAAAGGUUCUAUAGACUUAAAUGAUUCCUAAAUGGCUUGGGUGUACAGUUCUGGGAAAAACUUUAAUUGGUAUAGAACCUUGACAUAAUGUAGAAGUCAAAUUUUUGUAGUCAUCAAACUUUUCACUUUAUGUGAUCUUCACACUUUACACAUCUCAUGGGUCUUUAAUGAAUCAUCCAUGGCUAUUUAAAGAAUCAUGUAAUGCUCUUUAGGGAACCAAAAGUGGUUCUGUUACAUCGCUCCAUAGGACAUUUAUUGGUACUUCACAGGUCACACAUUAGGUGCUUAAAAUGACAAUGGCUGAGGAAGAACAUUACUGCAUUCCUAAAUAAAUCAGGGUAAAACUAUGAAAUUAAAGGCAAUAUUGAUCAACGGGGACAUUCUGAUCACACAUUCCACCUCUGUAGUCUUAUUAUUCAAAACUGCUCAUACUGCUUGCUUUUAAUUGGUGGUGCCAUUUCAUUUCCAGCUAUUACUACAACUAGCCCCUAUUAAUGUAACUUACAGAGUUUUCUAAAUGUUCAUUACACAUUUGAAGGGAUUUUUGCAAUGUAUACUGAUCAUACUGUUUGUACAGUGUAUUGUAAGUAAAACAUUUGUAUCAUGAGAUCAAUUUCAUAGAUAAUAUAUGAUGUGAAUAUUGUGAAAAUGAGUGUUGGGGUACAUAAAAUGUAAUAAAGUACAGACAUAAAUAUCUGUUUAA